UAAGAUAGGCAAACGUAUUUCCUGUACUGUACCUGAUUCUACAUUGUUGUCUUGCCUACUAAGUGUAAACUCACAAGUUGUUAAAUCCGCCCCUGGAAAAUGCAAGCCAUCAAGUGUGUGGUGGUUGGAGAUGGUGCUGUGGGAAAGACAUGCCUGCUCAUCAGCUACACAACCAACGCCUUCCCUGGAGAGUACAUCCCCACAGUGUUUGAUAACUACUCAGCCAAUGUGAUGGUGGACAGUAAGCCAGUGAACCUGGGACUGUGGGAUACAGCAGGACAGGAGGACUAUGACAGACUCAGACCUCUGUCCUAUCCUCAGACGGAUGUAUUCCUCAUCUGUUUCUCUCUGGUGAGCCCAGCAUCGUUUGAGAACGUCAGAGCCAAGUGGUACCCUGAGGUACGACACCACUGCCCCUCCACACCCAUCAUCCUCGUGGGCACCAAGCUGGAUCUGAGGGACGAGAAGGAAACCAUUGAGAAGCUGAAGGAGAAGAAGCUAGCGCCCAUCACCUACCCACAAGGCUUAGCACUAGCCAAAGAGAUAGGUAUACUCGGUGAAGUACCUGGAAUGCUCUGCCUUGACCCAGCGGGGGCUGAAGACGGUCUUUGACGAGGCCAUCCGAGCGGUGCUGUGCCCCCAGCCCACCAAGGUGAAGAAACGACCCUGUCUACUCAUCUGAACUCAGACCUGUGGAUAGACCAAGAGGGAAGGGCUCAGGAAUCACACAACAGCAAAUGUUUGAUUUUAGUUAAAUACAAAGUUUGGCAGUUUUACAAAGUGGUCUAAUGUUCAGAUGAGUCAACAUAUGUAGUGUUGAGUCUUGCCAUCUGUAGUGUAUAUCCAGCUAUAAUUACAGUAUAUAGUGUAUGCCUCAAUCCCAAAUGAAUGGAAGAUAGUUGGACCGUCGGAUUGUAUCAUUACAGAUGGUGCCUACCUUUCCCACUGGUUGGGGAUUGAGGCAUAUAGCUGGAUCUACAAUUAUUCUCAAUGUUAGACCACUGUUCAGGUCUGAAAACAACCAUCAGACUUUCUGGAGCAUCAAUAUGAAUGUCCUUAAUAUUUUCAAGACAAAUCCUGGAUAUGUACACAUGGAUAAGUGUUUUAGAUUCAUAUAUUGGUAUUUGGUUUUGGUUUCUGACUCAUUUUCUUAUACACUUCAUCUAUAUAAUUUGUUAAUGCAGUGACAGAUCCUUACUGUACAAGAAAGACACUGAAAAAUACAUAGACCAAACAAUACAGUGUGUAUAGUCAGAAAUGCAUUGCACCAUCCUAAUAUAAGAAACUUUCUAAAAUGAUCAUGUUGUUUACUCUAUAAAAUGUAUUUUUCAUAUUUUGACAUGAUGCAGCAUUCUACUAUAUUUCUAAGGUACCGUAUUACUUUUCUCUCUAUUACAAUUUAAUUUAACAAAAAAAAAACAUAUGAGUGUGUGUGUUUGUGUGUCCCCUUGACCUUAGAACAGCCUCAAUUCGUUGGGGCAUGGACUCUACAAGGUGUCGGAAGCAUUCCACAGGGAUGCUGGCCCAUGUUGACUCCAAUGCUUCCCACAGUUUUGUCAAGUUGGCUGGAUAUCCUUUGGGUGGUGGACCAUUCUUGAUACACACGAGAAACUGUUGAGCGUGAAAUACACAGAAGCGUUGCAGUUUUUGACACAAACUGGUGCGCCUGGCACCUGCUACCAUACCCCGUUCAAAGGCCCUAACAUUUUUUGUCUUGCCCAUUCACCCUCUGAAUGACACACAUACACAAUCCAUGUCUCAAUUGUCUCAAGGAUUAAAAAUCCUUCUUUAACCUGACUCCUCCCCUUCAUCUACACUGAUUGAAGUGGAUUUAACUAGUGAUAAUAAUAAGGGAUCAUAGCUUUCACCUGGAUUCACCUGGUCAGUUUAUGUCAAAAAUGUUUUGUAUACUCAGUGAUAAGUACAGCAUGCCAGCUUUUAUUUGAGGGUAUUUUCAUACAUACAUUACCUGUUUUGCCAUUUGGAAAUGAAAGUACUUUAUGUAUCUCGUCAUUUGAAGAAAUCAUAAGUAUUUCGACUUAAGUCAAAAGUUUAGCAUUUAGUACCAUUUUCCUUGCACACAAUGACUACAUCAAGCUUGUGACUUUUCAAAUGUAUUGGGUGCUGGCCUCCCGAGUGGCACUGCACUCAACGGCACUGCAUCACAGUGCUUGAGGCGUCACUACAGACCCGGGUUUGAACCCGGGCUGUGUGGCAGCCGGCUGCGACCGGGAGACCCAUGAGGCGCUGCACAAUUGGCCCAGGGGAGGAUUUGGCCGGCCGGGAUGUCCUUGUCCCAUUGUGCUCUAGGGACUUCUGUGGUGGGCCGGGCGCAUGCAUGCUGACACGGUCGCCAGUUGUACGGUAUUUCCUCCGAUACAUUGUUACGGCUGGCUUCCAGGUUAAGCGAGCAGUGUCAAGAAGCAGUGCAGCUUGGCAGGGUUGUGUUUCGGAGGAUGCGUGGCAUCGUAUGUGAGUUGCGGUGAUGGGACAAGACUGUAACUAACAAUUGGAUAUCAUGAAAUUGGUGAGAAAAAGGGGUAAAACGUUUUUACAAAUUAAUAAAUUGUUGGGUGCUUUUGUGGUUAA